GCCCAGCCCCGCCGCCGCCACCGCCGCCGCCGCCGCCUCAGGCGGCUCCUGGGGGGAGGGGAAGAAAGGGGGUGUGGGAAGUGGGGGAGGGACAGGACCUACGAGAAGAAGAGCUCCGUAGCCGCCGCCCCCAGCCCCAGCACAGCCCACCCGGCCUCCCUUACGGUAGCAGUCAGUUCCCUCAGGCUCUGCGCCGGCCGGCAGCUCUGCGCUCUGACUGCGCUGCGCGCCCAGCCCCGGCUCUGCGGCAGCAAAAGCAGAAGGAGGAGCAGGAACAGCGGAGAGCGGGGGCCCGCUGAGCAGUUGCCGAGAGUGAGGCGUGCAGCACCCGGGCCGCAGGGACCCGGAGGAGUAGCGCCAUCGACCGAGCCGCCCUGUGCCGUGCUGGGGUCGGCGAGAGCGGCCGCCUGGACCGCGCUCCCUGAUUCCGGGACCGGAGCCUAUCCGGCACAACUCCCGCAGCCACCUGCUCCGGAGGCCCCAGCUGCGAGGACAGGAUGCGCUCCGCGCCUCUACCGCCACCGCUGCUGGUGGUGCUCCUGCUGCUGCUGGGUGGACUGGGAAACAUCAAGACAUCAUCAUCAGCUGUGGAAUUGCCCAGUUCUCAGACCUCUACAACCUUAAACCCCACACAACUGAGUGGCUCUUCAGGAACAGAGAAUCCUAAAGUUGACCUUCCAGGGGCUAGUUCACCUGAGAAGUCUAGCACUGGUCCCACAGGGGCUAGUUCACCUGAGAAGUCUAGCACUGGUCCCACAGGGGCUAGUUUACCUGAGAAGUCUAGCACUGGUCCCACAGGGGCUAGUUUACCUGAGAAGUCUAGCACUGGCUCCCCAGGGGCUAGUUUACCUGAGAAGUCUAGCACUGGCUCCCCAGGGGCUAGUUUACCUGAGAAGUCUAGCACUGGCUCUCCAGGGGCUACUUCAUCCAAACCUGAUAGCCAUUCAUCUUCAGUCCCUACCAAAGCAGACCAGGAAGUGGACAGUACAACAUUGGUGGCAGGAGGAUCCAAAACACAGACCACUGGAGUCCCUAUUAAAGAUACUAGUUCUGCCUUAGAUCCUCUUAACAAACCCACCUUGGCAUCCAGUACAUCUUCAGACACUGGUACUUUGAGAACCAAGACAUCUACUUUUUCAGCACAGGUGGUAAAAUCCUCCCCUUCAUCAUCAGCCACAACUAAGGAAACUAUCACCUCACGAGAAAUAGAUGCUUCAACACUGCUGACAAACCACCAGAGCCCUUUGAGUGUCACCACAACCUCCCAGAUAUCUGGGAGUUCCCUUCCUGUGACCAGUCUGGAUACUUCCAGUCGAGCACAAGGAGCCUUUCCUACUAUUACAUCCCCGGUGAUCACCUUAACUUCCAGGACUCAAUCAACUGUAGUGACCACUGGGGGCCAGGCUCCAGGACCCUCUGAUGGCUCAGGUCCAGUGACCUCUCAGGGUCCAGCAACACUUACUUCUAUGGUUUCAGCUCUGGUUACUCCUUCGGUAACCCCCAAGGGCUCAACUUCAGUUUUCUCUGAUGAUUCUACCUCGUCCACUAUCUCCUAUUCAUCCCAUCACCAGCCCCCUGCCAUGGCAACCUCUGAAUCUGAAACCUUUGAGUCCAUACCCAACAAGAUCACCUGUCAACCUGACAGUUAUGCAACAGAGAAUCUGCUUAUUCUGAAGAUGACCAACUUCACCAUGUGUGAUAGUCCCAAGGACUCUCGUAACCAUCCCCUUUAUGUUGCCCUGUGCCGAGCAGGAAAAGUCAACUUCAACAAGGACAGGGAUGUAUGUCAUGUGCAAUUGGUCCCCCAGCCAGAGAAGCAAGAAGUGGCAAUCCUCAAUGUCUCUGUGCAGACACACCUUCAACCCAAGGAGCUGUUUGAAGUGUUGAAGAAGAGAUGGGAUGAUCUGAAAGCAUUGGGAGUUAGUAACAUGACAUAUGGAAAGGAAAGUCUGGACAAGGACGAGGAGGACCGGUUCAGCUUGCCUCUCAUCAUUACUAUCGUUUGUAUGGCAGCCUUCCUACUCCUUGUUGCUGCUCUCUAUGGCUGCUUCCACCAGCGCUUCUCUCAGCGCAAGGACCAGCAACGCCUGACUGAGGAACUACAGACUGUGGAGAAUGGUUACCACGACAAUCCCACACUGGAAGUGAUGGAGACUUCCUCUGAGAUGCAGGAGAAGAAAGUAGCCAAUCUCAAUGGUGAGUUAGGGGACAGUUGGAUCGUCCCACUAGACAACCUGACCAAGGAUGAUCUGGACCAGGAAGAGGAGGAUACACACCUGUAAGGCCACCUGUCUGCCAGCUCUGACCACCACCAUGGGACUCUUUGAGACUUAAUCACCCAAAGUGCCACUUGAGCAGGGGGAGGAAAAUCAACUUCCUCCCCACCUUGAGAGACAUCAACAGGGAGAGACAUGAAAGGAGCAGUUGCCUAUGUGCAAGGUCAUGGGUCUCCUCUCUCCCCACCUCACCUCAUCUUGAGGGGGCUUUAACUUUUUCAUUUCCUAGCCAAUGGAAACAAUUCAUCUUAAGAGGUUCGAGGAGGGUAAAAGAAAAAUGGGAAGAUAGCCACACACAAUUUCCUCUGGAACCGACCUAGGUUUUGUGGCCAGGUUGUCAGCUAGAAAGAUGUAAUGGAAAGGAAAACUGGUGGCAAUUUAGAUUCAUGUGGAAACUACUGGUGGAUGAGACCUGUUUUCUAAUCUUUUUCUCCCCUUCUGAAGAGCAAAGCUAUUUGUCAUCCUUCCCAACCAUCCCAAGGGCCUUGUAGGAAGGGCCCAAAUCAUCCUUGAAGGCCUUGAACUGCUUGUAAACAAAUUCUGAUUUCCUUGCUUACCAUUUUGGUGAGGCAGAGAUUUUACCUGACAAGGUGAAUUGUUCCUACUCAGAGAAUCCCUUUACAGAUGAGAGACAGGAUUGACAAACUUCUGGAGUUGACCUCAUACUGACUGGCAGGAAGUGUUGACACUCGGCACUGUUCUUUCACUCUUCACUGUUGAGGCACUGUUUAGAGUGGGUCCAGGGGAAGAGAUCUGCUUGCCUCCCAUCCACUUAACAUCUCGACUCUGCUGAAGCCCUUGAGAACAUCCUGCUUUCUGAUCUGCACAUAUUACCUGUUGGGGAGAAUGGAUCCCAGAACCCAUGACUCCCUCCCUCUCACCACUGAAAUAGAAGCUGCUUUUUGGAACAAAGUCUUCUGUUCCUGAGGAUCAUGUCAGCACAGUGUCUUAAAACAGACAAUCGAUGCAGCAGGAAAGGGUAGGAUUCAUCCAACCCUACAUGUGAAACUCAGGGACUAACCAAGUUGCUGGGAAUUAUUUAUAAAGGAGGUAGAGUAAGCAGCAGACCCUCACCCUCUUCCCUUACAAACACACAACAAUCCCAAGAUCAAGCCGUCCAAUGGUUUCUAUAAUCUCAUCAAUGUGAAUCUUCUUUCCAUUGGUGAAUAUCACAAGCCAUCCAUAUCUUCAAUCAUCCUUUUCCAUGUUCUUGGAGCUUUCCUGAAAAGGACCUAGCUAAUGGGUUAGCAGCUUUUUUCUGUUCCUUUUAUUUUCCCUUUAAAUUUAUGGUAGAAAUAGGGCACUCUACUUGUUAUCCUUGCUUUUUAUUUGCUCAGCCCACUUCUUUUCCCCAUCAUAUAUAGCUGGUAACCCUUAUAUUACUCUUAGGUCAUUGUUGGAUGGAUGCUUGGAUGACCCAUUUAUGUUCACAGUGCAGCCAAGUAGUGAGUAACAGCAAAAUACUUAAUUCAGUUUCAAUCCUUUAAAGAUAGUAUAGGUGUAGUGGGGGAUAGAAAUAGGGGCGUUCCAGGGUAUAUGUAUAGUAAGAAAUCCCUAAGUAUAGACCAUAUCCUGACAAUGGCAAAACUUACUAUUCAAAAAGAUGGAUUUAAAAAAGAAAAUGUCAUAUAGAAGUUAUCUAAAAAGGCAAUUUUAAUUCACAUCCCCUUUUUUAUAAUGUACAAUAUACAGAAAUGGGCCUAUUGCUAGCUUCUGAUUUCUUGGGAGUAAGUCAGUGGGAAUAUUGGUACUGAAAUUGGCUUAUUUUUGAGAAUUACAGGGCUUUUUCAGUCAGGGCACACCUCAAUUCUGAUUCUGAGUUUCCAUUAUUGAUUGUGGUGUUUAGCUUCAAUUUAUGGAGUUUCAGGAAGAAAAGUAGAUAGUCCAAUCAGAUGCACCCAAGCAGCCCAGGCACAGCCUGGGAUUUGGUCACAUAAUCAGAAAGUUUAGUUAGGAAGUAUCAAGUGCACUCAUCAUUAUUAACAUUAUUAUUUUUAAGUUUGCUAAGUCUUAGGCAGGCUGAACACAAGUUUCUGGACACAUGGUCUAGCAGCACCCAUUCCUGGGGAGCAAUAACAUUAUUUUAUUUGAAAUCUGUUCACUGUGUUUUUAAUGUUCUGCUUCAGUUUGCCUGUCAGGGUGCCUCUGGGAAUUGCACAAUUGUUCCCUGGCUGCCCUGAUUUAACCCCCCUCCAAACCCCCCACUCCAGGUUGUCAGAAGUCAAUUUUGGCACCUUGCAUUUUUGCUGAGCUGUCUUCUGCCCUGGGGUCAGUUAACAGCAGGGAAGAGAAACCUUCCAGGAACUGUAGCAUAGUAGGUUUAUCUUCUCAUUUUUCUUGAAGUCUUGCAGGAGUUUCAAAGGAGUUUUGCAUGGAGUUUGCACCUGUAGCUAAGGCCCCCAAAUGCUUGGGCAUCUGCUGGAGGUUAUCUCUCAGGCUCCAGGAAACAGCUCAGUUUGAGUGCCUUUCAGGGCUGCCCUGUUGCCCUUAAUUCUAAGAGAUGAAGGCUGGGGGGUCUAAAUUUUAAGUGUUUCUUUGUCCAGGAGGCAGCAGACAACAUUUUUUAUAGGUCUGACAGGUCCAUUGGAACACAAAUUACCUAGAGCUACCUGUUGGUAUCCUCUGAGAGAGUGGAUGUCAGAGUUCUGGUUGAAUUUACCCAUUUAGGGUAAAACAAAAGGUAUUUUGUUUGUUGGUUGUUUUUUUACACCAGACUGGUGAUUGCUUUGGAGUAGUCUUAUAAUGUAAGAAGUGACUUGUUCAGGACCCAGCAGUCAGUAUUUGACUUUUCUAGAUGUAAAUGUAGGUCUUGAUUCUGAGACUGGUUCUCUAACCACUGCCCAAGUUGCUUCUCUUGAGUUAUCAAGUUUAAAGGGUCCAAAGUACAAACCUUCCCACCCAGAUGGGGCUUUCAGACUCUAUAGAGCUCAGAGGAACACUCUCUAGAAUUACAAAUUUAGAGGGAUGCCAAGCUAGCACCACCCAUUUACAGACAAAAGCCUAUGUCUUUUGCUUAGCUUUCUUCUGGACUCCUUUGGAGAAACAAAGAAAGGUGUGUUUUGUUCAAAAUGAAAGUCUCUACUCAUUUCUUGCUCAGGAUUAAGGCUUCUGUGAGCUAUUUGCUCUUUUACAGGUGUUCCUGUUUUAUUAAUGGGUAAAAAGACUAGUCUGUGUUCUCUGAAGCUGACACUUUUACUCCUGCUGCCUUUAACCCAGACAUGGCAGUAUUUUCCUUGGUAGAAAGAUUAACCAGAGAGAUCCUUGUUUUGGGGAUUCACAGGAACCUUAACAUGUCCUUGGGGAUGAAACAGGAAUAACUUAAACCAAGGCUGGAAUCAUUCAGUCUAUAGCUUUGAUCUGAAGAUGAAUUAGAAGGCGGAAUACCUUCUGAAUCAUAGGUACCUUUCUGAAAAUUUCCAGAAGCCUCAGGAUCCAAAUUUUUUACUUGGACAGUAACUGUGCCUUGGGUAUAAAAUCUAGUACACUCUGCAUCUUUCCCCCCUCAAAGUAGAAGACAAGUGGGGUACUACCACCCCCAAAAAUCUGUUAUUGGUUUGAGGAACACAACUGUAGCUCAUUUUGGGUCUCCAAAAGGCUGUGCUAAGGAGGAACUUUGAACUUAAAAAUUUUUAAAGUAAAAUUGUUAUGUCUUUUAUUUUUAUAUUGCCUAAAUUUUCCUCGAUAUUCUCCCUCCCUUUCUUUUCCUAUGAUCUAUCUUUUAACAAAGAAAUCUUUUUUUAAUUUAGAAAAAUUUAACUUGGCAGAUGAUACGUUUCUGGAGGCUGCCUGAUAAUUGAGCUAGAUGUCAUGAACCAGCUCCCACUGAAUAAGGGACCAGCUGCCAUCAGCAUCAGCAAGUAAACAGGGGGCAGCAUUGACAGAUCACUAAAUAGAAAUACAGAGCUUUCCUUCCCAUUCCAAGGGAGGAAGCUAAGCCAUUAUAAGGAGGCAGGAUAGUGUACAGGUCUGAUCUAGAAACAUUUUUUUUGUCUCCCUUGCAAGUGAAACCAGCAGCAGAAUUGCUAUUUAAAUGCCCAUUUCCUUUAUCUUAAUUAGCUAGAGCUCUGGACAGAAUUUGAAGUCUACUGUAUACAUAUAUAUUUUUUGAAAAUGUAAAUAGAACUAUCACAUAUUAACCAACUCUCAUUUGCUGUAAGAAUAUGCUUUUGAAAAAUGGUCACAAUUAAAAAAAAUUAAUGCAGUGGGCCAGAUCCAACAUUCACUCUGGGAGACCCCAAGAGUAGAACUUUAUUACCUUUUAUUUCUUGGCAAGGCAUGCCCAAAGGGACCAUCACAGAGGGAAGACAGCUAGUGUACUCCCUAGUAAGAAUGAACCAUCUAUUUAAAUUCAACAACCUAGUUUUGUAGGUGAUGAGAAGUCCUAACAUUGAUGGGUUACUUGUCAUGUAGAGUCACAAAGCUACUUACUAGCAGAACCUGGACUAGAAUUUAUGAGUCAUCUUGCCUCUAGUUCAGUUCUCUGACAACUUUAUAGCUGCCUCACUGGCCUGAAGGAAUACAGACCUCUUCCCAUUCUCACUAGGAAGCCUCCCAUAUUCAGCCUUUGGUCCAGUGUUGCUCAGAAGCUAUCCAAACCUGCCAGCUGUGCACCAGGGGAAAACAGUGUUCUUUCUAAAUGCAAAGACAAUGUAUCUUUUUCUAAAUAACAAAGUAAGACGUUUCCUGUUUCUUAUCUGAGGAAUGCAGAUUUCUCUAAAAAAAGCAAAUUACAAAGAGUUUCAGACUCACAGAAGUCAGUUGUGAUAAGCACUACAGGCUAGCAGAGUUUCUGGAACAUUGGCUGGGUAGGUAUCUCAAGAGCUCAGGGACUCUUUGUCUCUGUAGCCCUAGCUUGGAAUUAGUUUUGCUUCUUCCAGCAAAAUCCCACCUCAAAUUAAAGGUUUCCACCUGUUCCUUAGGCAUAUGGUUCAGAUUUGCUAUUGUCUCACUUAAGUAACUUAUUCUUGAUGAGAGCUUUUCCACCACUGGCUUUGAAUCCCAUAUCUUCCCAGUUACCUAAAAAUCAGUAUCUGCCAGGUGCUGAUCCUUUUGAAAUUAAUUUGUUAAUGGUUUCUCAAGAUAUGUUUCCAAAGGUCUUCUAAGAUUAGGUUAUCAUGUUUGCAUCUUUACAGAAUGAAAGCAGAACAGUGUGAUAGUUAUGUGUAUUAGUAAGGGGAAGGUUGAGCACAGAUUCAAGAGAGCACAAAAAGGAAGGAGGCCACCAUAUUUACUGGCUUCUUGCUCCUUCUUGAAUCUUAUGCAGCACUAAAUUACUAACUGGAGACUAAAGGGAACAAAUUCCUAUUGAUAGAAUUAAGGCAGCACCUUCAGAAAUUCUAGAAUUUGAAAUGGCAGAAUUUUGCAGAUUUCUCUUGGGAUUCUUUCUUUAAAAUUGGUCACACAAUUACACAUGUGAAAAAGAGUUCCUUUCAGGUCUAGAAUUUUUUGCUGGCUAGGUAGGGAUGGAGGGGUAGUUUUAGCAUCUUCUACCAUUCUCACUUAGCAUAUAUUCAGGAUAGAACAAAUCAAGCCCAGACACAAGGCUAAAAGACACUGCUCAAAUGGCCUUAAAAAAGACUAGCUAAUGUCACUUACAUUAUUAGAGGCUAGUGCUACUGGCUGCUAUCAGGAAGCAGGACAGGGGUCUGAAGUACACUGGAAUUUAUGGAGAAACUGGAUUGUAAAGAUUAUAGUUAAUUCUUUUCAUUUUCCUACAAAACUAUAUUUUGGAAAACUUUAUGCUGUCAAUUAAAGUUUUUUUGUUGUAAAGUCA